AUGAUUACAGGGUUCUUGCUGAUCGGCACUGGCUUAGCCCUGGCUUAUCGAAGAAUAAAGAAAGCGGAAACGGCUGUUCAAACCCCCACAAGGCUGCCCACUAUGUUGAUUGGAACAAUGGAGCGAGCUGUGGCUUCUCAGAAUGGGUUCAUUCUACGCAGCACGGAUGACAUCUUGGAGAAGCUUGUGGCUGCUGUGAAGGGAGACAUGCAAGCAGGGGACCUCUCAGACACGCCAGACUCCGAAUUGCCCGAGUAUUACUGUGACACCCACUAUGAUGAUGUGAUGCUGAGGCUCAAGACAUUCCGAUUCAUCCCUGCCACACGCUUAUACGCUAAGGGAAAUGAGAGUAAGGAUAUAAGCACACAGCCCCACUCCACUGACAACCUGCUGUUGGCCAACACCCUCAACGACUCUUACUGCUGGUUUGAAGAGACAUCAAGCAGCCUUGACACCUCCACCUUCCCCAACAAUAGAGACACUUUGGUCCAUCAUCCCCCCACCUCCCCACUCCCACCAGCACAGAGCCAUCACCACCAUCAAAGACUUCACCCACAGGAGCCCCCUCCUCACUCCACAGCUAUGAGGAUUUCACACCACCUUCUCCCACUACAACCCUUCAUAUUCAUGAUACCACGUGGGUCUCUGCUCCCUGACCUGUUUCCUGUUUGGAAAGAGUUCCAGCUUCAUCACGGAGUUUCUCUCGGUUUGUGGGCUCAUCUAAAGGACCAACGUGGAUCGAGAAGUCAGCGCUCUCAGGAGGCCGACAAUUUUGUUGAAGAAAGAAGUGGAAGAAAAAAAUACAACCGUGACGAGUUUGGGAAAGAUUUCACUGUGAAAGCUUCCCUAAAAAUGCAUCAGGUCAUCCACACAGGAGAGAGACCGUUCAGCUGUGGAGACUGUGGAAAAUCUUUUACCAGGUCUGGAAGCUUAAAAAGACACCAACUCAUCCACACUGGAGAGAGACCGUUCAGCUGUGACGAGUGUGGAAAGUCUUUUACCACGUCUGGACACUUAAAAACGCACCAACUCAUCCACACUGGAGAGAGACUGUUCAGCUGUGGAGACUGUGGAAAGUCUUUUACCCAGUCUGGACACUUAAAAAGACACCAACUGAUCCACAGUGGAGAGAGACCGUUCAGCUGUGAUGAGUGUGGAAAGUCUUUUACCGAGUCUGGAAGCUUAAAAACACACAAACUUAUCCACACUGGAGAGAGACCGUUCAGCUGUGGAGACUGUGGAAAGUCUUUUACCACGUCUGGACACUUAAAAACACACCAACUGAUCCACAGUGGAGAGAGACCGUUCAGCUGUGACAAGUGUGGAAAGUCUUUUACCGAGUCUGGAAGCUUAAAAACACACAAACUUAUCCACACUGGAGAGAGACCGUUCAGCUGUGGAGACUGUGGAAAGUCUUUUACGCAGUCUGGACACUUAAAAAGACACCAACUAAUCCACAGUGGAGAGAGACCGUUCAGCUGUGACGAGUGUGGAAAGUCUUUUACGAGCAUUUCACACUUAAAAUCACAUCAACUCAUCCACAGUGGAUUUAAAGCGUACACCUGUGAUCAGUGUGGCAGAGCUUUUACUCACAGUUACAGCUUACAGAGUCAUCUAGUUACCCACUCUGGAAUUAAGGCGUACAGCUGUGACAUUUGUGGAAAAACUUUCAGCCGGAUAGGGAGCCGAAAUACACACCUACGCAUUCACACCGGACAUGAUGUGUACAGCUGUGAUCAGUGUGGUAAACAGUUUACUACAAACACAGAGUUACGACAUCACAUGUUUACCCACACUGAGGAACGACCUUAUAAAUGUGACCUGUGUGAGAAGACUUUUAAAUCUCCACGUUACCUGAAAGCACACCAACAGAUCCACACCAGAAAGACUCUACAAGUGCAGUUACUGUGAGGUAUGUAUUUAUAUUUUUAUCUUGUCAGCCCGACUGUUUGAAACAACUCUGCUCAUCAAAGUGUGUUAG